GACAAAGAAUCAUGGCUUGCGGACCAUUCCGAGCUAUUAUUGCACUCAUGGUAGUGAUUGCGAUGAGUGAAGCAAAGCUCAACAUCAGCUUUUCCGCACUUCCUACAACUUGGACACAGGUUGGAAUCGUUCCGGCUGCAGCAGGCUCGAGGGUAGUUAAUGGUGACAACGCAGAGCGAGGAAGUGCCCCUUACAUCGUUAGCUUACAGGCGGUCGUAGCGAACAAGAGCUACCACAUAUGCGGUGGUUCUAUCAUCUCACGCACCAAGAUACUGACCGCUGCCCAUUGCCUCGUGUAUUGGGGUCGCUUCCCGCAUCAGGUCGGCGUGGGUUUCCGUAACCUGGAGGUUGGAGCAAACGCUACAGGCGCGGCCGUUAUACAAGUGAAGUCUGUUGAAAUUCACGAUGAGUACCACCACGACCUCUCAAAAGGCAUUCCUAAUGACAUCGCAAUUCUUGAACUGGCGUCACCUGUGCCCCACUCCAAGUGGGUUCAGGUUAUAGAUAUGGCCAAAUCGGAUGAUGGAGAUUUCGAAGAUGAGGAAUGCAUUCUGCAUGGGUGGGGACGUCUGUCCGCCGGCGGGGUGAGUCCCACCAUCCUUCAGAACGCGACCUUCACCGGAGUGAGUUACAACGAAUGUCGUGCCCUGUUCGCAGCGGUUAGCAUUCAGGUCAGGUGGUCAAACUUCUGCGCCUUCAACUACCCUAAGUCUGAAUGCACCGGAGACUCUGGGGGCCCUCUGGUCUGUCGAGGCAAGCUCGUAGGCGUCGUUUCUUGGGGAUUGUCCAACUGUUCCGGCUGUUUCCCCGGCGUCUACGCCCGAGUUGCCGCUUUCGAGUGGUGGAUUCGUCGUUUUGUAAAUUAAAAGCGUAAUAAGAUCCGAAGGAAUGAUGAAUAAUACCAUCAACCAGCUGCUUUUCAGAAGUAUUCGAUCUAAGCCCAUUUUUUAGUAAUCUUUUUAUUGCGUUCAAAAAAUUGUUGACGUAUUUGUGUGCUUAAAAAAACAAACAAACAUAAAAAACGAGGCAUUGGUUGCUUUGUUCUCGAGAAAUAGGUUGUUGAAAUACAAACUUUGAAUAAAAACAACAACCCAACAAUAUCUGUGCUUAGAGCUGUGGAACAGCUUACCAAAGGUACACAUUAUGUAUUGUUAAACAGGUUUGUCUGUCUGCUUUUUCCGCCUUUCUUUGUUUAAAGUUACAGCUCCUGUAGAAUUUAGUUUUUGGCAUUUGUUUUUAAUAACGUGUAACGUAUAUUAUUAUACUAAAUGACAAAAUUUGGCUGGCGAAACACAAGCAAAAAAUCUCCCGUUUGUUUGAUAUAGAUCUAUAUCUGGCUGUUUUUACUUUUAAACCCAAUUCGGUGAGCGAUUCCUUUUGUUCUCUUUAGUAUGUUGUUUUCAUCUGUUCUCCCCUCAUCGUUUUUCCUUAUGCGCUCAGCGCGUUGGGCAUCUAAAAGACUGUCAGGAAAGGCGAAUCCUGUGAGCACAUUAUGGUUUGCAAAGGAAACCCUAACGCUUUUGUGGGCUAAGCUGUUGAGGGUUAAACAACAAUUUCCUAAAUGUUUACACGUGUGCAAUUUCUAUCAGUGGUAGAACCUUUGUCCAGUUUUGUUUUGACUGAAUAAAAACUUUCGGCAGAGAAAAUG